CCGGACGAUGCUGGGCCAAUUGUGCUCUGCCCUAUGGGACUGCCAAUCACGGCUGGUUGUGAUACAGCCUGGAUUUGAUUUGUUGUCUGUAGUGARGCCUCAAGCACUGAGAUGCAGUACCUUAGACCGCUGUGCCACUCGGGAGCCCAAACUAGCAACCCUCCAGUUGAUGGCUGGCCUCUCUAACCGCUAGGCUACCUGCCACCUCAACAAUAAAAAGCAUUCAAAAACACAACUUUAGAUAUGAUUAGGGAAUAUGAUUUGUCAAAAUGUGUUGACAUAAACCACUUUUAUUUAUGGAAGAAUAGCAAGGGCACAGAUGGUUCCAUGGGCCUCAGCUGCUAGGGUUGGCCUAAUUGAAUAGUGUCUCCCUGAAGACCAGUUCCUGCCAGUGCCAGCAAGGAAACAGUAAGCAGGGGGGUGUGGAGGAGGAGCCCAAUACUGAGGGCUCACUUUGAAGUUGCUCAGUUGUUUUCAGUCGUGCCGAAGGUUGUCAACUUGGCCGUAGGCUAUAAGAAAGCAUGAGACCCUGAGGAGACUUCAAAACGGAGGUGGGUUCUUAAUCUAGUUUGAUUGUUUGGUGAUGAAUAAGUUGCAAAAUAGCUAUUAACUCUUGAUUCCUAAUGUCUUUAUUUUGUGUUUCAUAUGUGGUCAUUGUAAUAUUUGGUGGAGUUAGUGGCACAAUAUAGAUUUGGACUACUGAUAGUAAUGCUAAGUAUAAAUGUUUAUUGGAAUAUAAAAAGGGAGCCAUAUAAAGCAAAUACAACAUAUUUUUACAGUGAAAAUCAUAUGCCAAUCAUCAGAGAUUACAUUAUCAAUACUCAGGUCUAUAUUUGUUUUAAAAUACCAGUCCAUUUACCUGGUUUAGUGAGACUGUGUGAAGAAAUGUAUUAAUUCCAUCACAAGGCUAUUGCUUGAUGGGCUUAAAGACAUCCACCAGUGAUUUUUGUACUUUUACUGUUGAAAAGCGAUAUACCAAAUACAAACACAGUAAAGCACACACACUAAAGGGUCAAAAAUAUGUUUUGAGCAAAAUAGUUCAUAUUUUUUUCUGACACAACCGCAAACGUCAAGGAGUAUGGAAUUCAAACACUUGGUCUGAUGGUAAUCGGUGAAGUCGACGGCCUCCCUCCUUGCUUGAGGAGCAAUAGAGAAAAGCCACCCCCACAACUUGUGCUGUCACGACAUACCCGGACCACCUAUUGAGAUGCGCCUUUUGUUAGGUAACUCAGUUAAAUGAGGUGAAAAGGAGACUGGAGUGUCACAUUAAGGUCAGAGUGACAGGGCUGGGUUAGUUACUUUCUAAACGUAAUCAGUUACCUAAAUAAAAGGUACCUAGGCUGUCCAAAAUUGUAAUCGGUAAUGUAGUUCUCUUCCAAGGUUCAGAUGAAUCGGUGGCGGAGAUCAGUGGAUGAGAUCCAGGCCAGGAAACGGCAGGUCACAGAGUGUGAGCGUGCCCUGGAAGCCCUGUGCAAGGUGARUGCCUGUUUCCAACAGAUGGCCAUCUCUAUCGGAAGUAACUCAGACGGCAGCUUUCUGAGAGAGGAGAUGGACGAGACCAGAGCACUGGCUCAUAGAAUCUGCACAGGGGUGCACAGACGUCUGGUCCCUCUAUUGACAGAGAGGGRGACUGAACCUGGACAAGAGGAUCGAUUACAGGUGGAGCGACUGUGGGUUAUUUUCCUCACUGGGCUAGAGAACCUCCAACAGGACCUGCACAAAGCCAGUGACUUAAUAGACCGCUUCCCUUUGAAACAGAGGAAUGACCGCCGGGCCCUGGUGAACACAGGAGCUUCAGAUGGGGUCAUUGGGGUGUCUGCCCGAGCUGCUUCAGUCCAAACCCCAUGGCUAGCAGUGGAYGUGGAGCAAAACCCUGACCUAAAGACGCACAUCAACCAGAUUGACGCCCUGGUCAAGGAGAUGCUCCAGAAAGUCAGUAUUCCUUUCUGGGCAGUGGAGGCUACCCAAGAGGCCUGGGUGGAAGGCACUCAGURUCAGGACACUCCACACGAUCAGGAUGAGACUCUGGAAGAGAUGAUGGUGGUGUCCCAAGAUGACCAGAUGUCUGGGUGUUGUCAACCUCUAAACUGUAAGUUAGGCUGUAUGUUUUGUUUAUCGACCUGAAGACUGAGGUAUACUCUUGAACUGUUAAUGGUUAAUAAAACUUUGAAUAAAGCCUCAUACACCGUGCAAUAACAAGUAGCUACCAAAAUGMCAUUCCUGUGUACAAACUAAAAUGGGCAGUACUGCAAUUUUAAAACGACAGUACAGGACUGGCAUUUUGCGUAGCGUUCUUGUGUUGCAUACACAUGGUAUAAAUUAGGUUCMCUCAUGCACAAGUCAUUUCUAUUUACUAAUGAAAACUAUGAACGUUAGACAAAUGUCUUUAGACGCAGUCAAAGAACAAAUGCUUUAAGGUAUGAUCAACUAUAAAGAUCUCCUUGAUAAAAGGAUAGAUGUUUGUCAAAGACCUUGUAUACCUAGGUUAUUGAUUCAUUUUGUAAUACGCUGACUACACCGGGUGUGUGCAUCGACACACACGCAGGUUGAAAUAGCAAAACACCCAAUAUUAAUUUGGUGAACGGUCGAAAAGAGUCACGGACAUUUAGCUAGCUAAUUGGUCCCGGGAUAUAAAAAUUGCGUUAUUUUACCUGAAAUACACCAGGUCCUUUUCCCCCCUUGGKUCUUUGUGGGAUUUUGACCCAUUGAGUCACAAAUUCGUGUGCCCUCUCCAACAACUAAUCCACAGAUAAAAGGGAAAACCUAGUUCGUUUCUUGUAAUCGAUCCUUCUGUGGACUUUAUAUGGCGGUUGGCAACCAACUUUAAGGUGCAUUACCACCACCAACUGGACUUGAGCGCGGACCUAAAUUCAGCUUUCAAUCACCCACGUGGGUAAAUGCUCCUAAAAACCAAUGACGAGAUGAGGGACUUGACACA